AUGAGAGCUGAUACAGAUGCACCAGAUGGACAUGAAUUUUCUCUCCUCCAACAUGAGAUCAGUAUUGCCAAUAUUAAGAGAUGGAUUGACCGAUGCGAUCGCGACCAUACCGGAACGUGCCACACUAUCACGGAUCCUGUGGGCAAAAUACCAGAAGCUACCGGAUUGCUUUUCAUAGACGUCAAGAAGCUUUGUUUGGUGAAGCAACCUCAGAAUGGGCACAUGUAUCGAUACGCCGCCUUGAGUUACGUUUGGGGCACCACUGUCGAUCCUUUUCAGACGACAAAAGCAAAUUUUGACUCAUUAAGCAAGGAAAACGCAUUUAAGGUACCUGAGAACGACUGCAAACUUCCCAACACGGUCAAAGAUAGCAUACACCUUACCCGUGCUCUUGGUAUGCAGUAUCUAUGGGUCGAUCGAUUCUGUAUCGUACAGGACGAUGAGAUUGCAAAGCCCGGUCAACUGGCUGCCAUGGCCUCAAUAUACUCCAACUCCUACGUCACUAUCGCAGCUACCGAAGGAGCAGACAGUAACUAUGGGAUUUAU